AUGGGUUCACUCGGCAUAGAAGAGCUUCCACAGACUGGAACAGAGUUUCCUUUCCCCAUUGUGUCCUUCGAGCCGUUUCUAAGUGGUGGUGAAGCUGGGCGUCAAACCGUAGCAGCCAAGCUGUACGAUGCAUUCCACAACUUUGGCUGGGUAUACCUCAAGGACUUUGGCAUCUCUGAAGCCGAGAUCGAGCAGAUGUUCGCAAGGAGUGCACAAUUCCAUGGCCAACCACUUGAGCAGAAAUUGAAGUACAAGCUCAACGAUCCGUCAGUUAGUCAAGGAUACACUGCCGACGGAGCAGAAUCGAGCGAUCCACAUGGCGGACGUAGUCACAAGGAGUGCUACGAGCAUCGCCGAGUCAAUAAGCUUGCUCCUGCCGCAGGUGAUCUUGACGACUGGACAGCCUGGGCCGACGACUUUUACAACAAAUUGAUUAUCCUCGCCGGUCAUGUCCGUGAUGCAUUGGCGAUGGUCCUGGGCCUUGAGCCAGAAGCAUUCCAAGCACAGCUGAAGCAAUUGGACGGACAGUUGCGAUUGCUGAACUAUAUGGGCGUACCACGGAAGGUGCUAGAGGAGGGUCGAAACUUUCGUAUUAAUCCUCACUGCGACUAUGGCCUCUUCACACUCUUGUUCCAGGACCAGAUCGGAGGUCUCGAAGUCGACAGAUUCCACGACGGGAAAUUCGUAGCGGCGACGCCUAUUCCUGGCACAUGCGUCAUCAAUGUUGCAGAUUUACUGCAACGGCUCUCCAAUGAUCGGCUAAGAUCGACAAGGCACCGUGUCGUCGCGCCGCAGAUGACGAAAGAGAUGUCGGACGCCAUUGGGCCUGACGGCGUGUUGCCAGCCCGCAAGUCAACAGCGUUCUUCGUCCAUCCAGCUCGUGACACCUUGAUAACUCCCAUGGUGGAAGAAGGCGAGAAUGGUCCUCAUUAUGACCCGGUGGCGGCAGGCUGUUGGAGAGACGCAAUCACCGCGAAGAAUUAUCGCCUUCCAAUUCCCAUGGCCACACCAGAGCAGGUACAGGCGGCCAAAUGCGUUGAGAUGCGGUACAUGAUGGCGGCGAAUAUCGAGAAGAAGCCACGCAUCUUGAGCUGCGACCUCCAUCUGUUGUCUCAUUGCCGCAAUCAUGCAACAACGACAGCGACCGAAGCUGUCGUAGCCACUCCACGAAUCUCGACCGCAGCCAACGACCCUCCAGCGAAAGCACUACCAGAAGAUAAGUUCUUCUGGACCUACACAGAAGAGCCACACCGAACACGGCGGCAGGCCAUCAUCAAGUCGCACCGCGAUGUACUCCAGCUAUGUGGUCCCGAGCCGCUCACUAAAUACGUUGUGCUGGCCGUGGUCGCGCUACAGAUCAGCUGCGCUGUCCUCCUGAAGGAUACACCGAUCGUGUCAUGGCCAUUCUUCUUGACGGCAUACAUCGUUGGGGCGACGGCGAACCAGAAUCUGUUCCUCGCCAUCCAUGAAAUAUCACACAACCUCGCCUUUCGAACACCUAUCUACAACAGACUGCUCGCCAUUUUCGCGAACCUCCCGAUCGGAAUUCCAUACUCGGCAGGCUUCAGACAGUAUCAUCUGACACACCACAAGUCACUUGGCGUCGAUGGCCUAGACACCGAUCUUCCGACCGCGUUUGAAGCCGUCUUUCUCGACUCGGUUGCAGGCAAAGCAUUUUUCGCCACGUUCCAGCUCCUCUUCUACGCCAUCCGGCCCAUGUUCAUCUUCAAGAUACCAUUUGGACCGAUCCACUUCCUCAAUAUUGCCGUCCAGGUCGUCUUCGACGCCAUAGUCAUCCGCUAUCUUGGUGGGCACGCCUUGUCGUACUUCAUCCUCAGCAGCUUCCUCGCCGGCUCGCUCCACCCAUGUGCAGCACACUUCAUCUCCGAGCACUACGUUUUCGAGCGAUCACAAGUAAAAGGAGCAAAGAUGCCACGAGAUGUGCCAAUACCAGAGACGUUCUCAUACUAUGGACCCUUGAAUGUCCUUACAUACAAUGUGGGCUACCACAACGAGCAUCACGACUUUCCUGCGGUGCCCUGGACGCGGUUGCCGAGGUUGUACGAGAUAGCUAAGGAGUUCUACGAGCCGCUGCCGUAUCAUAAGAGCUGGCCGUAUGUCAUCUGGCAAUUUAUACUGGACAAGGAGGUGGGCAUGUGGUGCAGGGUGAAGCGAGCAGAAGGUGGGCGAUUAGUGGGUGCGUGGAAGGAGAGCGAGGUUCAAAGCUAG